GCUUCCUCUUUUCAUUUUCCGUAUCCACACCCCCACCGACGACAUGAUGCUCUCGCCACCUGUUUUAGUCCCUCGGGAUGCAACCAGCUUAUGGUAUAACCCAUCAGUAAAGCCACACACACUUUUGCGCUCACGGCCACGCACUGCAUACCUCCUCGGGCCAACCUCUCUAGUCUCUGAUGAGCUCCAACAUGAUCUACUCUUUUCUGAGCAACCCGCCAACGAGGAGCAAGAAUUUUUAAAUUCGCUUGAAGCUGAUGAGCUGCGAUACGCAAGACAAGUGGCUUCUAUCCGAACAUUUGGCUUUACCUUCCUUCGCCCGCCUGGGUUUACCAAAACGGAGCAGGCCCUUCUUGAGGAGCAGGCCAUGUCGGACUCUGCCAGUGAGGACAACGGCUUCAUGGAGAAUCCCAACGGCGAACUGGUAAUGCUGGACACUGAUGGUGCAGAAGCGAUGGCGGAGGACGAACUGGAAGAUGCGACCGACGACGGUGAAGCCGAUGACGACCUUGAAUACGACGACGACGUGGGUGCCGAAGAUGUCGAUGACGGUGAAGAGGCGCUCGACGGCUGGCGACGAAGGCAGCGGAGACGAAGGGCAGGCACCGCAGCAGAAGAAGAGGCCGAAGUUGAUCUCGAUGCAGAGAUUCCUGACGGUGGUGAUCUGGGUAACUACGAGGACGACGAAGCAGACGAGGAGGACUACGAAGAGCAGGAUCUCUCGCAAGCUAUGAUAUCUGAGGUUGAAUACGAAGAAGACGAAGAUGUUACUGUUGACAGCGAUCUGGCAGAUAGUCAUCUUAUGCGCAACAGCUCUAGAGUCUCUACAGUGCCGGAUGCCGAUGAGGACGUGGAAGUUGAUGAUGACGAUGACUACGACAUGGCUGUCGAGUCUGAUUAAGGGUUUUUGAUUUGUGAGGAUGUUUUCUCAGAUAAAAGGCGUUUGUUGCGUUUCGGGUUUCUGUAUUAUAUUUUCAUAAUGUUCUCUUGUGAGAAUUAUGUAGUUUGCAUUGAAGAAGAGACCAAGGAGAGAUCAGAAGUAUUACCAAGACCUUACCUAAUCAAUGCGGCUCAUGUCAUCAUGACGUCUGGAG